AUGUCCGACAAGUAUAUGAUCAUGUACAUGGGGCAUGCACAGGGUGGAAGAGAUGACAAAGGAUUCCAGGAUGGUGCAGAGUUCGCCCGGGACAAGAACAACCAUCCAGUUUUGGUAGAGUUAGUUGAGCAACAGGUAUCUCAGUUCCCUUUCCGUUUACCGCGAAAGUUCGUUCCUGGCCCGUCGAACACGUUCAGCCACUUUGGUCUGAUCGUCGACGAUUUGGCUGCUGCUCAACACCGCUUUGACAGCCCCGGUGUUGACAUUAUCAAAUGUGCUGGCGGGUUUAAUUUCUCUCCAGAGACGCGCAGUCCUGUUCUUGCCGCCGCGUGGGCGUUCGACGAUCUCGUUUCCGAACAGACGCAGGCUGCAUCCAAGGCGGUCUUGCCAGCGCUGAUGACGAUUGAAUUCAAGAACUUUGGUAUUGUCGCUAAUCCCGAUAGUAGUCUGUUUGAGGCACAGCAGUUUGUUUCUGAUGCGCUCUAA